AUGACUUCAAAGUUCACGAAACUCAGUGGUCAAUUCAUAGACAAAUUCACCCGUGUGACCACAUUGCCUGCUCAUCAUACUGAUUUGGUCAAAAGAGUUUCGAUUCUAAAAAACAAACUUUUAGCGAUGGGUAACAGUAAGGAGAAGUUCGAGAGCGUUUUGGAUCAGAAAGGAAAAUGGUUACUUAAAAAUUAUCGUGAUGGAGCUGGUAUCGUGGAGCUUAUGGAUCAACUCUUUCCUCUUCCUUACUUAGCUCUUCAGGUUUUAGAGUGGAGAAGAAGACAGAUGGAUUGUUCUGUCUCUUUAACAUCAGAGGAGUAUGCAAAAGGAAUCAAAAUCGCGGGUCGAGCCAGGGACAUAACCUUGGCAGUCUCUCUUUUCAACGAGGCGGGUAAGAAACGGAGUCAGACAGCUUCAGUUUACAACGCUUUGAUGAGUGCUUACAUGCAGAACGGCCUUGCCGAGGAAUGCCAGUCAGUUUUUAAAGAUUUCAUUAGGCAAACACAUUGUGCUCCGACAGUUUCGACUUAUAAUAUUCUAAUAUCUGUCUAUGGGAGGCUUCUGAUGGUUAAGAACAUGGAAGCAGCUUUUAAAGAGAUGCGAAAACGAAAGCUUUCUCUGAGUUCCAGUACUUAUAACUGUAUGAUUGCUGGUUAUGUGACUGCCUGGGAAUGGGAUAAAAUGGAAGCUACGUUUGGGGAAAUGAAGAAGGGUUUAGUUGAGCCUGACAUGGAAACAUAUCUGUUAAUGCUUCGUGGGUAUGCAAACUCAGGGGAGUUGAAUAAGAUGGAGGAAAUGUAUGAAGCGAUUAAGGAUCAGGUUGGUGUGAACAGAAGUCCUUUGGUUAGAGCCAUGAUCUGUGCUUAUUGUAAAAAAGCUGUUGAGGGUAGAGUUGAAAAGAUUGAGAGUUUAUUGAGUCUUCUAUCCAGGGAGGAGUAUUAUCCUUGGUUGAAUGUGCUUUUGAUUAGACUCUAUGCUCAAGAAGCCAUUCUGGAAUCAAUGGAGAGGAGAAUAGACGAAGCAUUUGAGCGUAACACAUGUAUUAAUAAAUCUAGUAUCAUGCGGGAAAUCAGUGCAGCUUACUUCAGGUGUAAUGAAGUUGACAGUCUUGUUAAGUUCGUUAAGCGUGCUGAGUCUGCUGGCUGGAAGCUAUGCAGGUCUCUCUACCACUGUUUUGAGAGUCAUGGAAUGGUGGCAAAUUCUGAGAAAGUGAGGGGAAAGAUGUUGAAACAUGGACUAACAGCUAAUGGAUUGGAAGAAUCUCUUCAUUCUUCAGAAACUGAAGGCUCUGCCAAGUGGAGUUAUUUACCUUCAAAACCUGAUAGACGUUGCAGCAUGUUUCUCUUUGUGCCAGCCCUCUCUCUGGGUCCGUAA